GGAUGGAGGACAGAUUCUUCCAGAAAUUAAAAGAAUUCUCAACGGAAAGAUAAACUUAUACUAGUAUUUUGACGAACGCACAAAUAAAAAAUAUAGAUUUGACGAAAGAGAGAGAGGUGGACGAUCGGCGUCUCCGACAUCCCUUGUCUGUGGUUUUCUUGAUCAUUGCAGCUUGCGGUGUCUUCACUAGUAUAAUUAUGAGUGGAUCUUCUACUGGUUCCGGUGCUAAAAAUGCUAGAAGAGCAUUUCAGUAUGGGAAAACACAUGUGGUUGGACCAAAAGGUAGACAUCAGGCCACUAUAGUCUGGCUACAUGGCCUUGGCGAUGAAGGUUCGAGCUGGGCUGAGCUCUUGGACACACUUCCUCUUCCAAAUAUUAAGUGGAUCUGCCCAACUGCCCCUUCCCAACCAAUUACCUUAUUUGGUGGUUUUCCUUCAACCGCUUGGUGUGAUGUGAGCGACCUCUCAGAAGAUGCUAAUGAAGAUCUAGAAGGGUUGGAUGCUACAGCAACAUAUGUUGCAAGUUUGUUGUCUGCAGAACCCCCUGGCAUCAAACUGGGCGUUGGAGGCUUCAGUAUGGGUGCAGCAUCUGCCCUUUACUCUGCAACUUGUUUUGUACAUGGAAAAUUUGGGAAUGGGGACCCGUACCCUGCCAAUAUAAGUGUAGUUGUUGGACUUAGUGGCUGGCUGCCUUGUUCAAAGAGCCUGAGUAACAAAGUAGAAGGGGAUGAGGCUGCACAGCGUGCUACAUCCUUGCCUAUUUUGCUCUGUCAUGGUAGAGGUGAUGAUGUUGUUCGUUUUAAUUUUGGUGAGAAGUCCUCGCAGAAACUGAGUUCAUGUGGCUUUCAAGAUUGCACGUUCAAAGCCUACACUGCACUUGGCCACUAUACACUGCCAGAAGAGUUAAAUGAUGUGGGUGCAUGGUUAUCUUCAAAAUUAAGUCUUGAGGGGCCGCAGUCAUAAUUCAGCAUGGACUUAAGGAGGACAUCUAGUAUUGAAAUGAUAAAAUGGCAAGUAAUGUAUACAAUUUGCUAAAGUGUGGUUCAACUUUGCCUUUGGUUGUGAACUCAUUUGUAGUAUUUUGGAUGAGAUCUGUUUGUUUGGUACCUUUUGGUGCAUAAAUGCAUAGUACAUAAGUUCGCUGCUGCUA